AUGAUAUACACUAAAGAGGUAUACGAGAGUGUCAAGAAGCUCCUUGGGGAUUUAUGCAUGGCACAGAGCAGAGAUGCAGGAGUGGCAUACCGCGUGUCCAAAUACAAAUCAAAGGAUCCAGUGUUCCUGGUGGAAGGAAAUGGAGGAGAGAUGUAUUUGAUGGAAGACGGCGCUUUUGAGCUUGAGUCUAGAGGGUUUGAUAUUGAAGUACCAAAGGAGAAGGAAGUUACUGUCGUGUUUUUUAGAUUCAGCACUAAAAGCCCAGCGAGGAAUAUGACGGCAGACAAGCCAUUUUCUGACGGGCAUUAUAUGGAAGUGGAUGCAGGGCCUGUAACAUGGGAUGGAAGAAGAAUAGGAACUCUGAUCACAUCCAGGAUUCCACAAAGUUUGUAUGCACUAUCGAGCGUAUUGAGAAGAUUCAUUCGGAUUAAUGGCGAGGAGAAUAGGAAUGAAACAUUCGAAAGAUCGCUUGUGAAUUCCCUUAGCUCAAACAAAAUUUUGUAA